UUAAGUUGGAGACCGGAGCGGAGCCCCUUCAUCUUCAUCCUCUUCCUAGCACUCCAGUGGACUUGGAGUUGUGGCUGUAUAAAGGCCCAAGACGUGUGGUGUUUAUCCUGCACAAUCGGUCAGUCGCACAGAUAACACCGUAGUAUCAGACAAGACCUCAUCUCAGUAUCCAGCCGAGAGGAAAUCAAAGGAAGAGAAGGGGAAAAGCAAUGGCGGGCAAGGACGACGACGUGAAGGUGCUCGGCCUGGUGAUGAGCCCCUUCGCGAUCCGCGUAUGCAUCGCGCUCAAGUUGAAGGGCGUGAGCUACGAGUACAUCGAGGAGGACCUCGCCAACAAGAGCGAGCUCCUCCUCAGCUCCAACCCGGUGCACAAGAAGAUCCCCGUCCUCAUCCAUGGCGGCAAGCCCGUCUCCGAGUCGCUCGUCAUCGUGCAGUACGUCGACGAGGCCUGGGCGCCCUCCCCCACGUCGCCCUCCAUCCUCCCCGCCGACCCCUACGACCGCGCCGUCGCCCGCUUCUGGGCCGCCUACGUCGACGACAAGAUGGUCCCUGGUAUGGUUGGCGUUUUGAGGGCGGCGACGGAGGAGGAGAGGGCGGCGAAGGCCGACGAGACGCUGGCGGCGAUGGCGCAGCUGGAGAAGGCGUUCGCCGAGGUGGCCGCGAAGAACGGGAAGCCCUUCUUCGGCGGCGACACCGUCGGGUACGUCGACCUCGCGCUCGGUUGCAACCUGCACUUUCUCGAAGCGAUCCGCAGGUUGCACGGCGUGGCGUUGGUCGACGCCGGCAAGACCCCGCUCCUGGCGGCGUGGGCGGAGCGGUUCGUGGAGGUCGAGGCGGCCAAGGGGGUGGUGCCGGACGCGGACGACGCCGUGGAGUUCGCCAGGAAAGUCCAGGCUCGUGUAGCAGCUGCUGCUGCUUCCACCGCUGCCAAGUGAGUGGAAAAUCGUUUUCGAUUGGAUCAUUGGGUUUCUUGUAAUAAAGAAAAAAUCGUGUUAUUACAGUGCCAUUUUCAAGUCAUGGUUAGUUUAUUUGUGGGGUUAUUAAUGUGUAAAGUCUGGACAUGUAUGCGUGUUAUGUUCUCUGGUUCAUCGAUCAUAAGCAGCUAUACAGACAUACAGUGCUAGUGCUAUUGCCAUUGUACUGCUGCUCUA